GCCCGCAUCGCCAUCCCCUCCUCGCACUCUCCAUUGCCACGACCUUCCCGUCUGGCGAGCAUGUCGUUUCUCUUCGACCCUGGGCAGGUGUAUUCGUCGGGGCUGGCCAACCCUGAUGCUGACCGUCCGUCGUGGUGGACGCGGGCUGUCCGGACCGGUGCUCCCUCCAUCGCCUGGCGCCUGAUUGAGGCUGAUGAAGAAACAACCCGGACGCUCGGGCCUAUGCAACCCUCAGAGUAUUUAAUCAAUGGCGCUGCCCCCCGGCCGCGGAGGCGGGCGAUCACACUCUCUUCCGGCGCUUUCGCAACCCACUCCUUCCCUCCUGUGACGCCGCGAUCCACAGACGACAAGAGUCCGGCAGCCAUCUUGCAUCCGGGAACCAUCUUGCAUCCCGAUCCGUUCUCUCGCGCCUUCUCUUUUGCUCCGUGAGCCAUGGAUGCCCUCGUCGAACUCGCUCCCGCACCGAUGCUUUCCGGCGGCCUCGAAAACGCGCACCACUUUCCCUUCGAGAGGCUCUGCACCAUCUCGCCAACCGACCUCGACCGGCUGCUACUGCUGUCGCCAGACCUGACGGGCGCCCGACAAACCCUCCUCACGGUCUCAGCGCGGCUGCAGACCGAAAACUGCGGCAAUGUGCUCGGCCCGGUCAAGGGCUGGGAGCUCACCCUGCUCAUGUUUGCGCUCGUGUGGUCGCCCAACGACAUCCACGACGUGCGUGCACACUACCCUCUUGGCAUGAGCCGCGAGGAGCAUCGCCGCGAGAUUAUCCGCAUUCUCAUAGAGCACUCCAAUGCAGGCGACAUCCAAAGCACAUGGGGUUCCGGAAACACAGCCCUUCACCUCGCCUCUUUCCUGGGAGAUACCUUCAGCAUGAGGCUCCUGAUCCAGCGGGGACUGUCGACCCAAGCCACCAACAAUCUGGGCUUCACGCCAUGCGAUGUCGCCCAGUCCGAGGAUGCCCGUCUCCUCCUGGCCAGCCUGGUUCCGUCAAAGCCAAAGUCCAGACUGCCCAAGACCCUCAGCAAAGGCACCGCCAGGAACAUGGAUCGAGCUCUUUUUGCUUUUGACGCUCACGAAUCUGGCUCUGGCUCUGGCUCUGGCUCUUGUGUCGGUACCGAUGCUCCUGCUCCUGCUCCUGCUGCUGCUGCUGCUGCUGCCGUUCAGCCGUCUUCGUGCCACGGAGAAAUCCACAGCACCAUCUCAAAGCGGACUAUCGGAAAGCGCUCGGGUCUUGAGGGUCUCUUUGACGAGAGCAGCGACAAGAAUCGCCCCUCGAUCCCCAAGCUCAGCUCCGGCUCCAAUCGCGUCGGCGCCAUUGCCAAGGAUCCUCGAAAGUCAACCCGAGGGCCACUGUCACUUGAAACAUUUGCCGGACUCGUCGAUGGGGCCGCGACGGAUGCAUCAAGGCUCUCGACCAAGUCCAGUUUGGGCGAUCUGGCUGCUGGAACCCGAUCGGUCAAGCGAUCCCAGAUUCCUCUCAAAGUCGUCCAUGCCGAGGGUGCUGCUGCUGCCGAGCCCGUCAUUGCGCCUCGCAAGAGCCACGGUGAAUUCGAAACAAUAUCCAAGCGCUCCCGUCGGCCAAGCGCUCCGAGCGCCGGCGAUGCGGCUGCUGGCCUCAUGUCCAUGUUUCAGGAGACUGUCUCGAGCGACCCCGAGCCCAGCACUGAGAGCAACGCUGUCCAGGGACUGGUGUCCAACAAUCCCUUUGUCCGGGCCGAUCAAGCCCACGGAUCCCGAGGUGUUCCUCGCAGUCGAUCGACACUCUCGCUGGCUGCGGCAAGCCAAAACUCCUUCAGGGCGCUUGGCACGGGUACUCUUCGCUCAUCCUCGCCGCUGGUGGCCCACCAGCCCGCCAGCAACCUCAGAGAGCCUUCACAGGAACCUGAGGUUUCCAAGAACGCCGGUGCGCCGCCAGCAUCGAGUUCAAUCGAGGAUUCCGGAGAGCGAAGAAUGAAGCAGUCCAAGUCGAUGAUGGAGCUCAAGAAGGCGGCCGAGUCUGUUCGCGUGCAAAGAGGCACCGUCUCCAAGGCCACGAAGCUGUCGUCGCUCUUUGAAGGCCCCAUCAAGGAAGACAAGAGCCAAGAACCUCAGCCGCAAAGCCAGCCACAAAGCCAGCACGUCAAGCCAUUCGAGAUGGAUGAGCCUGGAUUCAACACCGUAUCCAAAGCACGCACUCGUCGCCAAAGCACGGUCCAGGAACUCGCUCGUACAUUUGAGCAACAACACCAGCAGCAACAUCAACCGCCUCAGCCGGCACAGCCGGCACAGCCUCGUCAGCACCAUCGAGCUCUUCCUGUGUCUCCAAAGCGAGCUUGUGACUCUGUCACUGCCGUUGGCUCGGACGCUUCUUCCAAAGUCGCUGGCGCUGAAGAAGAGUUUGCCCCUCCUCCAUUCGAGCGAAACGACUCGCAGGAAGCGUACCAGCCCAUCCGAGUCCAGCCUGCGCCGGAAGCAGCUGUCCAAGACGCCGGCGGCUCUUUCAGGUCCAAGCUCAGCCGGUUCCAGCCCAAGGAUACCUUCAGCAAGACCUAUGGCCGCAAGAUGGGCAAGACCUUUGAUUACGGCUCGAUAGCCUCGCCGACCCCAAAAAGCCACGCCAAUGCCGCUUCGCUCUUCGAGAAUGUUUCCGAGAAUAUCGUUCGUGAGCGACAGCAUCACGAGACCGCUGCCGAGCCCAGGAUGGUCACGAAGAGUGAAUCCUGUGACAAGGUUCCCUGCCAAGCUCCGACAGCCCCUUUAGCGGAAGCGACUGAGUCACGCAACGACCCCGUAGUCGGGCGGACAUCUGAUAUAGGUCAGAAACAGGACAUGGCCAGCCUAGAGGCUCAGACAGCGAGCGAUGACGGCCGUGGCCAUGCUCUGGCAACUCGCGAUAGCCUCGAUGGACAAUCCGAAAGCGACGAUGGACCCAAGCUGGAGCUGGUCGAGGACAACGUGGAGCUGUCUGUUGUCGAGUGCGGGGAUGAGACAGUUGUUGCUGCGGCUGUUGGGGUUGCCGACCUGAGUCUUUCUGGUCCCGAAGACAUUCAUAUCAAGAUUCCAGAGAUACCUGUCAGUUCACUGUUCAACGACUCGGAGGGAUGGUUCAGCGAUUUUCUUGUCGAGCCCAGCCCGCCUCUGGCAUGUGCCUCGGCACCUGCUGUGCCCACACCGCAGAUGAUGGUCAAGGAAGCCGAUCUGCAGGAUCACGCAGAGAAGCCGCUGCCGCCGACCCCGGUUGCCCCGGAAUCGGCGCUGGUCCCCGAGGAGACAUCCAAGGACUGCAGCACUCAAAGCCAAGCUGCGCUCAUCCCGGAUGAGCAACACAGCGGAGCUACCCUGCACGGCUCUGCCGGGGUGUCGUCUCCUUCACUCUCGGCCGUGUCGCUGACCGAGGGCUGCGUUCUGGUGCGCUCUGUCUCUGACAUCAACGGACUGGACACCAAGGCAAUCCAACGAGUGCUGUCACAGAACUCGAGCCCCACCAAGACCGACUCUGGCGUCGACAUCCACAAGAAUGGACACGAUUUCAAGGUUGUGGAUGCUGUCGUGGUUGCCAAGCUCGAGCCCAGCAUUGCUCGGGCCGAUAGUUCGCCUGUGCUUGAGAGCCCUGUUGUCGCCGAGACCUCUGCAAGCGGCCCUGGCAAGCGACUCAAGCGCAAAAAGUCGGUUCGCUUUGGAGCGGCAUGGAAGGGGGAAUUGGAGCAGACAAAGUUUGUGGCCGCGCAGGCACCCGUUGUCGAUGCUGCCUCUGGACACGUCGGCACGCUCUAUCUGAAAGUGUGCAAGAUCCAGGAACUUUCUUGCCGAACCAAAGCCAAUAUGACCGUCAAUGUCUCUGUGACCCAUGGCUGCAACUUUUUCGACAGCAACUCGCUCCGCUUGAGCGACCAGGAGAGUGACCGGGACGAUGAAGUCGAGAUCAGCUAUGAUUAUCGCAUUCCACUGGCGCCCGACCAGGAUCUGACCAUCGAUAUCGAGCUGCAGGAGCAACAGCCGCCUCAGCGACUCAAUGAUGUGUCGCCGCCUCCGACCAUAGGCGCGCGUGGAUUCCUAUCUCUCAACACCUUGAUGGACACCUUCAAACUCAAAUCGCUCAAAUCCAAGGCCAGCAGCGGCUCGCUGUCGACCCUGAGUCGCCCAAAGCCCAAGGGUCCGAUCUCUGCCCAUGCCACCAUUCGCCCUGGUGCCCUCCGUCGGGUGGCUUCCGAGGCCAUGGGCAACGUCGCAGCUCACACCUGGGAUCUACUGGAGGUCAGGCAUCCCCACAGCGACGAAACCAUGACUCGAUCCACGCGCACCAUCGGCCGAGUGAUCUGCAGUGUGUUCUUCAUCCCGCACUUCUCGGGGCUCGACCUGUGCACGCUGCCAGAGUCGUUUGCUGAAUGCGAGGAAGUAUUGGCCAUCCGACAUUGGAGCCGAAAGGUUCAGCAAUCGGGAUACAUGGAGCAGCAGGGCGGUGAUCUCAAGUUCUGGAGAAAGCGCUACUUUCAGCUCCAGGGAUCAAAGCUGAUUGCGCUCCACGAAGAGAACCGCGAGCACCGAGCGACCAUCGACCUGUCCCAGCUGUCGAGGGUCCACUGCACACCCUUAUCCGAGGAGCACCAGUGGACCGAGAACGAAGUCGAAUUCAACCACACGUCGUCGCGCAUCAAGAACCGGUCCCAGGACGACUCCCCUGCCGAGUUCCAGCUCGAGUUCAAAGACGGCGAGACAAUCGUGCUUCGAUGCGAGAACGCCUUUGUGCGCACCCGAUGGCUGCGUGCGCUCGACAACCUCUACAACAAGAUCGAGGAGUGCAAGGUGCCCGCUUGGGUCGACAUGAUCGACGAGCACUUUGCGAGCAGUCGAGGAUAGGAGAGGGCGCUUUCUCCGGCAGCUAUCUCGCUGCCGCAAUGACUGCCUGUGCCCCGCCCCUUCGGAACCAACGUUAUAAGAACCAUCAGUCUCCAUCGCCGCCGACCACAUCCUAAUUUUAUCAUCAUUUCAUCAUCAUCAUCAUCAUCAUCAUCAUCAUCAUCAUCAUCGUCAU